AUGAAUAUACCACUGAACAACGACGAGAUCAUUCGAGAGUUCAAUCGAUCUCUUCGAAAUAAGUUUCCCAAUCGAUACUCAACAUUUUCUCAUCCAACCCGUUCAAUCCAUCCGAAAGACUUCACUCGAUCAGAAAUUCUUGAAAUUUGUUUACUUGUGCUGAUUCUAUUAGAACACACAUUUAUCUUUCUUUUGACUUUUCAAAAGAAACCAUCGAAAACAACGCGCAAAAUAUCUAAUCAAUUUGCAAUCGAUCUGCCCUCGAAAACAGUUCUCUACUGUUGUUUACACCGAAAUUGGAUACGCGCAUUUUCCUUUACAAACGUCUGUCUUUCAUGUGUAUAUUUCGUUAAACUAACUCUCAAACAUUAUCAUCCGAAUCUUGUCCAUCAUUCGUCAAUCACAUUUUAUUCUCUACCGUUGAAUCUCCUGCAACAAAUCAUUGUUAAUUUUAGUACAUUUCAUCUUUUAAUCAUUUCCAUCAGUGUUUUUCAAUAUUUCUUACGAUAUUAUCGUUUAAUCAGAAAUACCUAUUCAAGUUACUUUUUCAACGAUCAAAAUCUCCUUUUAACGAAACAUACCAACGUCGCGUUGAUUUUAAGCGGCUCAUUAGCGCUCAUCUUCGGCUAUAAUUUCAUAUUCUAUGCUCCUAAACAUCCUCAAACAUUGAGUUUACUUCCACUAGUGUCAUUCAACAUGAUUCUCUUGCCAUUAAUCAAUUUCACCAUCUUUGUAUUUCUGAUUAUCUGUUUUAUUCUGAGUUUUUCAUUCAAAACUGACCUUGCCUAUCUGUCCGCUUAUGAUGAUCCUGAAAAUCUCCGAUUAAUCGUGGAGAAGAAGACUUGUAUCAAAUGUUACUCGAAAAUCUUGCGGAACAACCCGAAUUUGUUCCAAGACAACAACUAUUCAUAUCGAAAUCUCUACAAACAUUUCUUUCCUCCGAAUCUACGUUCAUCAUAUCCGUUCCAAACAAAGCGAAUCUAUCACUUAUCAACCAAGAAGGAAAUCUCCUCCCAAACAGACUUGCCUCAUGACGAAGCGACCAGUCCUGAAAUCGAUCCAAUCGAUAUUCUCGUUUUCAAGAAAACAUUGAAUCAACUGGACCAUCAGCAUUCAUUAUGCCAUUUAUGUUAUUAUCUAUUGGCGAUUUUUCUCCUGAAAUACGUUCUUUUGACAUUUCCUCAAUUUAGCCUUCAAAUGUUAUUUCAUCUAAAACAAUUUUAUUACUUCAUUCUGAAGAAGAACCAUUCGAAUAUAAUAACGGAUUCAUUAUAUGAAAAUCACGAGAUUCUCUUGAAAUUAUUUCAUUAUUUAUUUUUAAUCGCAAGAUUCGGUGAUAGUCUUCUGCUAAUACGCUUAUCGUAUCUGAUCAGAACAUACUUUCCAUGCUGGUGUCAGUUCAAUUCGAAAAUUUGGCGUCAGCAACAGCAACUAUCUCAUCAAAUUUUAACAAUGAAAACGUCCGUCUCAUCGACAAACAAUGAACAGAUGUCUGCGAGUGAUGUGUUGAAAGGAAAUGAAACUAUACAGGAACAGCCAAUGGAACGAUCACAUUGGAAAAGAAAACAUUGUCGGUUUCGGUUGCGUUUUCAGUUUGUGCCCUUAUGGUCGAAUGAUCGGCCGAGAUUUUUUAAUAUUGAAGACGAGCGGAAUAAGAAAGAAAACAUCGAGAUUUUGUGA